GAGAAGACAAGGUGCGGGGGCGCGCGCGCGCCGGAAGCACGGCCACAAGGGCGGAAGGCCGCAGCCGGGCCAACGAAAGCUGCAAAAGUGCCGCCCCGCAGCGCUGCCAGCGGGCUCCCUUGGCUUCCAGCGGUGCCCCCAGAUGGCACCUGCUUGCCGCGGCCGCGCGCGAUGGGCGGGCCGUCGGGCCCGCCGGCCCUGGCCUGUGGGGGCGCCGCGCCAGGCGAAGGUGGCGGGGGCGCUCGCGGCGGCGCGCCGGACGGCGCCACGCUUGGCGACGCCACGCCACUCUCUGGCCGAGGGCACGGCGGCGGACAGCACAGGGGGCAGCAGCUGCAGCACACGGGACCUCGACGAGCAGGGCAGUGGGGCGUCUCUGUGGGCCGCGGCCGUCCGCGCCUGCGCCUCCCUCGCGCAGCCCCUCGCCCUCGCCGCGACGGUGGCGGCCGGGAAGGCGAAGCUAGGGGCCGCGCUCGCCGCCAAGAAGGGGACCCUCCUGGCCGCCAAGAAGGCCGCGGCCACGCUGAAGGCCCUGAUGCAGAACCCGGCGAGGCUGUUCAAGCGGCGCGUGUUCAGCCCCUUCGAGGUGCUGCGCGGGCACUCGGCGGGCGGCCCCCUCGGCGCCCUGCGCCACGAGCUGGCCACCGGGCGGGGCGCCCGCGGGCUGUCCUGGGACCUGCUGGCCCCGUGGGCCACCAACUGCGCCGUGGCGGUCUGCAUGUUUCACACGUACGGCACCGUGAGCUCGGCGCUGCGGCGUUUGGGCGGCCGCUGGGAGGAGGCCUCGGUGGCGCGGGAGGCGGCGGCCGGCGCCGCCGCUGGCGCGGUCCAGGGGGCCCUCAGCACGCCCCUCUACAAUGCCAAGCUGCGGGCGCCCGGGGCCCCGCUGGCGGCUCCGGGAGGGGCGCACGCAGGCACCGACCCGAGCGGCCGCCCCCGCAGCUUCGCCGCGGCCGUGGCGGCGCUGCGGCCCGGGGGCGUCCGCGGCGCCUUCCGGAAUCUGCCCUACGUCGUGGGGCAGGAGAUGUUCUCGAUGUCUGCGUUCUUUGCCAGCAACGAAUGGUUAAAGACAAGGGCAACUUCUGCCACACGUGCUCACAUCGACCCGUCUGGGAAGAAGGACAUGAUCGCGUGGGCCGCCGCGGCCUCGGCGGCGGGCGUGGUGCUGGCCGCGGUGAGCACGCCCCUCGAGAACGUGCUCGUGUGGCACGUGGCGCGCAGGACGCAGGAGUCCCCCGCGGGCGUCGCGGCGCACUUCUUGCACGGCGCAGGGACGCGCACCCGCUGGCGCGUCCUCGUCAGUGGGCUUGCCAGGAAGUUGCCGAUGGCACCUGUCGCCGGACUGCCCCUGCUCGCCUACCAGGUCAUGCUGCACAGCGGCCUGUCGCCGGUGCUGCACGAGCCAGACUAGCAGCCCCCCUGCAGGUCGAUGGCGCGCAGCCGCCGCGCCAGAA